AUGAACCUCGUCCUCACUAGGGACAGCCAGGUGAGGGUGAUGGAGGCUGCAGUGACCAGCGCUGAGAAGUCCUUUGGCCAGCUCUGCUCGCUGCUGGCCGCCUACACCCGCAAGACAGCUCGGCUCCGGGACAAGGCCGACCAGCUGGUCAAGCAGCUAAUCAACUUCGCCAACGCCGAGAACCCAGAGCUGCGGGCCACCGUGCGUGACUUCGCGGAGGACCUGGCCAAGGUGCAGGACUACCGGCAGGCGGAGGUCGAGAGGCUGGAGACCAAGGUGGUCAACCCCCUGAAGCUCUACGGGGUGCAGAUCAAGCAGACCAAGGCGGAGAUCAAGAAGUUCAAGCGAAUCCGCAACAACGAGAUCAAGCAGCUGGAGAAGUUGGAGCGGCUGAGGCAGAAGUCCCCCUCGGAUCGGCAGAUGAUCUCCCAGGCAGAGAGCAGUGUACAGAGGGCCUCGGUGGAUGCCAGCCGGACCACACAGCAGCUGGAGGAGACCAUUGACGCCUUCCAGAAGCAGAAGCUGCAGGACCUGCAGAGAAUCUUCGUGGACUUCGUGACCAUCGAGAUGAUCUUCCAUGCCAAGGCUGUAGAGGUGUAUUCCAGUGCCUUCCAGACCCUGGACAGCUACGACCUGGAGCGAGACCUGGAGGAUUUCAGAGCCAAAAUGCGGGGAGUUUAUGGUCAGUGUGACCCCCGGCCUCUCACCACCACCACCACCAUCACCUCCUCUCUUCCGUGGGCUGUCAUCAGCCAGAGUACUGAGAGCACCAUGCAAAGCCGGAAGAAAGAUGCAGAGGACAGUGAGGGUGACGACUCUGUGGAGGAAGACGAGGUGGAAGACCUCAGGGGACGGGGACAGGGGCAAGGACUCCACAAGUAG